AUGUUUAGCUGGGUGAUAAAGGUUGUUCCCCAGCCUCCAGCAUCUCCUGGGAAGCUGGCAGAGGAGGACCAGAAUGCAGCCCCAGAUGUGGCGAAAAAAGAGGAAGCAAAACAAGAACCUUCCAAGCCAACGGAGGAGGUCUCAGAGGAAAACAGCUCACAGAGUGGGGUUUUGAAUUGGCUCUCUCAUGGGUUCAACAGUGCUCUCCCUCAGCCAGUAAACUCUUCUAAACUGGCCAACAGUGAAGUUAAGCAUGAGGGAAAUGCAGAGAGCAGCAGUAACACAUCGGACCAGGCUGGAAUGAUAGGCUGGAUUGUGCAGGGACUGGGAAAAGUGGUUCCACAGCCAGAUGAGAAAUACAAGGGUCACACAGAGCCGGAGGAGGUCACUGAGCCUACAGUUCCAGUGGUUAAAGUGGAUCCUCCAGUGCAAGAGGUCAAAGACAUUCGUGAUGCUGAGCCACUGCCUCAUAUUCCUGUGGUGGAGGUUGUGUCUGAUGAGGAGCCAGACGCUGCUAACGUGCCCUUCUCUCCGAGGGUAAUAGAAUGGAUUAAGCAUGGUUUUGAGAAAGUAGUUCCUCACUCUCCUGUCCAUCUUCGUCCUCCCACUGGUACAGAUGCACCUGCCCAAAAAGCUGCUUCUGCACCUGUGACUCCCUGCAAACAAGAGCCAGCACCUGCACCUGCACCAACACCUGCACCUCCACCUCCACCUGCUCCUGCACCUGCGCCAGCACCCGCACCUCCACCUGCACCUGUAGCUCCACCUGCACCUGCACCAGCACCUGCACCUGCACCUGCAUCUGCACCUGCAGCUCCUGAGCAACCUAAAGUAGUUGAGGAUUCCAAAGGCACAAAUAUGGUUGGCUGGAUUGUACAGGGGCUCGGACGCAUUAUACCACAACCAGUACAGAAACCAAAAGAGGACAGCUCUGAUAUCGUUCAAAACGUCUGCAUCCUGCAGGACCCGUGUGAUAUGGUGCUGGAGGAGGUGGACUCUGGCUGGGAGGCCCAGCAGAGGGAGCAGGGCUCGGGGCAGGAGGGCUCAUCCCUGCUGCAGGUGCUGCCCAACAUCCUGCCGCACAUGCUGGCCAUGCAGGAGCAGGAGGACGCAGAGACCCAGACUGAGCGCUGGACACCUCUCAUUGAGAGCAUCAAGAAGGAAGCGGAGGAGACUGCCAUAGCAAACAUAGAGGACAGACUGCAGCAGGAGCGUGUGGAAGCGGCUCGUAUGGCGGAGGACCUGGCCCGGCAGGCUGCAGAAUUGGCCGUCAGACAGCUGGAGGAAGAACACACCACGCAGAUCCUCAUCGACACAAAAACUGAAGAGCCGGACAAUGAGGAGCAACUGCCAAAUAUCCAGGAGGAAGAGAAUGAAGAAGAACCAGAGUUACAGCCGUUCCAUGAAGAGAGUGAGGAGGAGAGUGAGGAUAGUAAGAACACAGAUGCCGACAUGAAAAGGAGCCUGAUGGACGUCUGCCCAGCGGAGCCUUCGCCGCACGAGUCUGAAGUCUCAGAUCAGGCACCCCAAAGUCCUCCACCACCGCCGGUGACCACUCAGCCUCAACGGGCAUCUAUACCUCCUGAUGCUGACCAGGAAGAGGAACCUCCUGAAGAAGGAUGUGGAGAAAGCACACAUGUGAAGCCAGCACUGAAGGUAGAGGAAGUGGAUGAUGGAGAGAUGAGCGUUCCCAAAAUCAUUGUGCCCUCAGAGUUAGACUCAAUGACCCUCACUGUUCCUGUAACAAAUCAGCCAUCCCGCAGCAAAGCUGUGGAUUCAGAAAGUAUGCAGGAGGAGAUGGAUCCUGGCGAGGAAGAUGAAGACAUGAACAAGUCUGAUCUACUUAAUGUGGAUGAAGGCCUUGAGCGUCCAGCGUCUGCAGCCAGUCAGACAAGUAUUGUUGUGAAUGAGCGUCUGCAGGAGCUGGUCAAGCUGUUUAAAGAGCGAACAGACCGUGCAAGAGAGAGACUGGUGGAUCCAGACGAGUCUGAUGAUGAAAGCCCUUCAGCAUCUCCGGCCAAAAAGCCCAGUGAAGCUCCACCUCCACCACCUCCUCCAGAGGAAACGAAAGACGCUGAGGAGGCGGCUGAAGACGAGGUUAAAAUCUACGAAUUUAUGGGAUACAAGUUCCCAGUUCCUCAGUUCAAAAUGCCUCAGAUUCCUGCAUGGCUGAGAGUCAUACUGGACUACCGUUUCCCAUCCAGCAUUGAUCCCUACACAGACUUGACCUACGUGGUGUGGCUGUUCUUUGUGACGUUAGCGUGGAACUGGAAUGUUUGGCUGAUCCCUGUGCGCUACUUUCCGUACCAGACGCCUGAGAACGUUCACUGGUGGCUGCUGAUGGAUUACCUCUGUGAUGGCAUUUAUAUUCUCGACAUCUUCGUUAUGCAGCCCAGACUGCAGUUUGUGAGAGGAGGGGACAUUGUGUGUGACAAAAACGAUAUGAGAGACAACUACAGGCAAACAGAGCGAUUCAAGAUGGAUGUGAUCAGUCUCUUUCCACUGGAUUUGCUGUAUGUCUUCACGGGCGUCAAAUCUCUCUUGAGGUUCCCUCGCCUUCUAAAGUACAAUGCGUUCUUUGAGUUUAAUGAUCGUCUGGAAGCUGUGAUGAGCAAAGCUUACAUUUACAGGGUGAUCCGGACCAGUGCGUACCUGCUGUACUCUCUGCACUGUAAUGCCUGUAUUUUCUAUUGGGGUUCUGACUAUGAAGGACUGGGUUCUACCAAAUGGGUCUAUAAUGGCAAAGGAAACAGUUAUAUUCGCUGCUACUACUUUGCUGUGAAGACCCUGAUCACCAUCGGAGGUUUGCCUGAUCCCACCACUGUCUUUGAAAUCGUCUUCCAACUCGUCAACUACUUCGUGGGAGUCUUUGCUUUCUCCAUCAUGAUUGGUCAGAUGAGAGAUGUAGUUGGAGCUGCUACUGCAGGUGAGGCCUAUUAUAGACACUGUGUGGACAGCACCGUCAAAUACAUGAGCUCCUACAGGAUCCCCCGCGAGGUCCAGAACCGCGUCAAGACCUGGUACGACUACACCUGGAAGUCACAAGGCAUGCUGGAUGAACAGGAGUUACUCAUACAGCUGCCAGAUAAGAUGCGUCUGGACAUCGCUGCAGAUGUCAACUACAGCAUUGUCAGUAAAGUGGCGCUCUUUCAGGGAUGUGACAGACAGAUGAUAUUUGACAUGCUCAAGAGACUGAAAUCUGUGGUGUACCUUCCAGGAGACUUUGUUUGUAAAAAAGGUGAGAUCGGCCGAGAGAUGUACAUCAUCAAAGCUGGAGAGGUGCAGGUGGUUGGAGGGCCUGAUGGGACGACGGUGUUUGUGACUCUGAGAGCUGGCUCUGUGUUUGGGGAAAUUAGUUUGCUGGCGGGUGGUGGCGGGAACCGACGUACGGCUAACGUAAAGGCCCACGGUUUUGCUAACCUCUUCAUCCUGGACAAGAAGGACCUGGCAGAGAUCUUAGUGCACUACCCCGAGUCCCAGAAGCUGCUGCGCAAGAAAGCCAAGAAAAUGUUGACCAAAGAUACGAAGCCUGCAGAUGAGAAGAGCCAUGCUAAAGACACGGGUGAGGUCAUCCCGCAGCGGCCGGAGACACCCAAAUUAUACAAGGCUGCCCUGGAGGUUGGCACAGGAGAGAUUUUUGCCAAGCUGAAGGAGGCAUAUAAGGGAGCAGCUCUAGAGCCGUCCACACCUGUCUCUGGCAGGACCUCCACAGCUCCAGUGCCCCCUCCCUCCCCCAUGCACCGCCGUUCACCCAUUCCCCGGCUUCACAUCCCGGAUGAAGAUGACAUGGUAUCAGAGACCACCGACAGCACCAUGAUCAUCCGCAUGACUCCCCGCGUUGAGGGAGAGGAGUUCCUCUCCGUGGAAGUCAGUCCCGGAGAGGGAGAGGAGGGAGAAGAGCUGAGCAAAACUGAAGACUAAGACUGAAGAAUAGAGAAAGGGUAGAUAGCCUGAUGAAAAGCCCAAUGCAUACAACCCUUGUCAUGCUUUCUGUAUUAGCAUGUUGGUGAAUGUCCUACACAUGCUUUUCAACCAAGUCAAGCCAAACAGCUUUUCAAGACUCUUUGGAGAAUCUCUAGGCACCUUUUCAGAAAAGACCCAUACUGUAAGUUCCUGCAAGGACUCUAAGCUUCCAGUGGUUCUUCUAGUAAGCUCAUCAUAAGACAAAGUUUUAGAGGCAUUUGAAACAAGAUGAUACACAAUAUCUGAAGGGCCUUCAUUUGCCUAGAGGUUCUCAAGAGGUAAAAAGUAUUACAUUUUUACAGUGGCACUGCUGUGUAAGGGUGUGUUUACACUUAUAGUUUGGUUUUCUUGGUUCUUUUGGUCUGGUUCAAAAAGUAAAUGAUGCGUUUAGCCCUGGAUUGCUUGGCAUUCACACUGUCACACUGUUUAGAUGUCAUUUAGAUGUCUUUGGUCCGUAUUGCUUUCAUAUUUUUCAGUCGAACCGCACCAAAGUUUGUUUGGAAGUGGACAGAGGCCUGCCUUUUCAUGAGGUCUCAGUCUGCUUGUUUGGUGUGCACCAAGGUUCGAUUGUCAACAUGCACAUUUUUUCAAAUGAACUGCGCUAACAGAGCAAUCACACCAGAUUUUCUUUUAACCAAACCAAAUCUGCCAAGUGUAAACAUGCCCUAAAUAUUAUUUGAAUGUGAAGUGAGCUUCUGGCAGGUAUUCCAGAAAGAAGAGUUAACUCACUGUCAUAUAAACCCCAAAUCUUUCUUCUGGUUAUCGGUUCCAAUAACAAGUCCAGGAGUAAGUUUAGUCGACUCUAAGUAUGUUCACGGUGAACACACAAAGACAUUCUCAACAGGAAUCAGUAUGAAAAGAGACGCUAAGAACAAUUACACCAUAGUUUUUUUGUUUAAUGGCUAAUUAUAUUUUUAGUGCAUAUCACCUCCUAUAUUGGCUAACCUAUGGGAGGUUUUGCAAUCAUCUCAUGUUUUAAUCCUUAAUUGUUGUUUUUUAUUAUUAUUACUGUGAACAAGAAUUAUAUUGUUUGUUUGAUACCAAAUUUGUAAAUUAAGAAAAACUGACUGGCAAAAAUAAUAUGGCUGUAUGAGU